AUGAGUUGGUUUCAGUGUUGCAUGUCAGAGGAAAGAGUGAAUAGGAAUUCUUUGAAGAAAAGCAUCAAGGAAUACAAUGACACAAAAACUUUAGCCUCUUUUGCUAAUCUUUCAUUCAAAUCUGGUAAGAAUAGAGGAAGGUACACAAGAAAGGAGAUAAAGAAGUUGGGAAAAGGAAACAUAUUAGCUCAAACUUUUACCUUUCGUGAGCUUUGUGUUGCAACAAAUAACUUCAACGACCAAAAUCUAUUGGGAGAAGGUGGUUUUGGAAGGGUUUACAAAGCCUUCAUUCAAACCACAAAACAAAUAACUGCCGUGAAGCGGCUUGAUCCAAAUGGAUUUCAAGGGGAUAGAGAAUUUCUUGUAGAGGUUUUGAUGUUGAGCCUUCUUCACCAUCCCAACCUUGUCAAUUUGGUUGGGUAUUGUGCUGAUGCAAAUCAAAGGAUUUUGGUCUAUGAGUUUAUGCCUAAUGGUUCCUUGGAGGAUCAUCUAUUUGGAACACCUUCAACUAAGCCACCUCUAGACUGGAACACAAGGAUGAAGAUCGUGGAAGGAGUCGCAAGAGGACUCGAAUACUUACACGAAACCGUCAAGCCAGCUCCCGUGAUAUACCGCGACUUUAAAGCUUCAAAUAUAUUGUUGGAUGAGGAAUUCAAUGCUAAGCUCUCUGAUUUUGGUCUUGCAAAGAUAGGUCCCAUUGGAGAUAAAUCUCAUGUUUCCACCAGAGUCAUGGGAACUUAUGGUUAUUGUGCUCCUGAAUAUGCUCUUACCGGACAAUUAUCCACCAAAUCCGAUGUCUACAGUUUUGGUGUCGUCUUCUUGGAGAUAAUCACAGGAAGAAGAGUUAUUGAUACCACGAAGCCAAGUGAACAGAAGAAUUUAAUUUCUUGGGCACAACCACUUUUUAAAGACAGAAGAAAAUUCACACUAAUGGCGGAUCCAAAGCUAGAAGGAAAUUACCCAGUGAAGGCUCUGUAUCAAGCUCUAGCAGUGGUAGCCAUGUGUUUACAAGACGAACCAAACACUCGGCCAUUGAUUAGCGAUGUGGUUACAGCGCUUCGAUAUUUAGCUGUGAACAAGGAUAGCGAUGAAGACGUAGAAGACGAAUCAGAGACGGAGUCGGUAUCAGGAUCGGAAUUCAGUUCAUACUCAUGUUCAACUUCUCCUGAUAGAAAUUAUAUUGGAGGUAAAAAUGUUGAUGUUGAAGGUGAUGGGAGGUGAUUUGAAAAUUUAACAAAGAAAUAAAAUGAGAAAACUUUGGACA